AUGGCGGAUGAUUACUUGACACCGAGAACGAUUGUUGAUCAGAACAAGUUCCCUCACAUGCUUCAAGCUUACUGCCUUGUUCUUGAUAACAUUACGGAUAACUCUGUCACACGACGGGGCCAACCUUGCUGGUUGAGAUUUUCUGGUGGUUUCCUGCCUUCCACCAAGUUCAUAAGACUGGCACCGGUAAUGCCAAGAGAAGCUGAUCCUUGCGCCCUGCUUAUAGCAACCUAUUAUGAGUUGUUAGGAUAA